AUGUCGGAGACCGUACUCGAUGCUCCCAUCAUCCGGGAUGUUGACCGCAAGUUUUCCUGGAAGAAGUUUGGUACCAUUGUCGCUUGUGGUGCCGCUCUGUUCUCGGACGGCUACGUGAACAACUCGGUCGGUAUGGUGAACACCAUCCUCAAAAAGCUCUACAAGCCGAUCUACACGGAGAAUGAUUUCUCUGAGCUUGUUACUUCUAUUGCCUUUGCUGGUACCGUCGUCGGUAUGCUUAUCUUCGGCUACCUUUCCGAUGUUGUUGGCCGCAAGAACGGUAUGAUCAUGGCGACGUUGAUUGUCCUAGUAUUCACUGCCCUAACUGCUGGCUCUUACUACAAGGGUGAUGCGAAGGGCAUGAUCCAAAUGUUUAUUGCUUGGCGUUUCUUCACCGGUGUCGGUAUCGGUGCAGAGUACCCCACCGGCUCGGUCGCCGCUGCAGAGAAGACCGAGGAGAUGCCCAAGCGUUUCCAGCACGGUCCUUUCGUCUUCGUUACCAACUUUGCUAUCGACAUGGGCUUUGUGACGUCGGCAUUUGUCGGUGUUAUCCUUACUUGGAUCUGCGGCGAGGAACACAACCGUCUUAUCUGGCGUCUGCUGGUCGGCCUUGGUGUUGUGCCGUGUCUUAUUGUGCUGCCCUUCCGCCUUGUCAUGGAGCAGUCCAAGAACUUCCAAAAGGGUGCCAUCAAAUACAACAAGAUCCCCUACGGCCUCAUCCUCAAGCGCUACUGGUUCCAACUUGCGGCCAUCUCGCUCGCCUGGUUCAUCUAUGACUUCAUCAGCUACCCCUUCGGCCUCUAUUCCUCGGUGAUCACCGACACUAUCUUGGGUGACAGUGCCCCGCAAUGGCAGUCCUUUGGUUGGGCUACUCUCAUUACCAGCUUCUAUCUUCCCGGAUCUUUCUUCGGCGCUUGCAUUGUCGACUUUAUUGGCCCCAAGAAGACCUACAUGAUCGGCCUGACGCUGCAGAUCAUCGUCGGCUUUAUUAUGUCGGGCCUCUACUCGAAACUUAGCAGCCACAUUGCCGCCUUCUGUGUGGUUUAUGGUCUUUUCCUGUCUUUCGGUGAGAUGGGCCCUGGUGACAACCUGGGUCUGCUUGCCUCCAAGUCGUGUGCGACAUGUGUCAAGGGCCAGUUCUACGGUAUCGCGGCGGCUAUCGGCAAGGUCGGUGCUUUCGGUGGAACCUAUGCGUUCCAGAAGCUCCAAUCUCACUGGGAGGAUGCUGAGGGCAAUUCCACCGACAAUCUGUGGUACACCGCGCCUUUCUACCUGGGUUCGGGGCUUGCUUGCUUGGCACUUUUGAUCAUUACUUUCUGCAUCACGGAGCGCGAGCCGAACUGUCAGGCCAAGGAGGACGAAGACUUCCGCGAGUACCUCGCCCAGAACGGCUUCGACCUUUCGCUCAUGGGCACCGACGAUGUGCUCGCCACCGACGAGCUUGCGAACGAGUACGACUAUGACGAGAAGCUCCCCAAGGAGGAUUCCGCCGACUACCAGCACGACGAGUUUGUCCCCGCCGCCGAGCACGCCGUGGAUGCGCACGAAGGCUAUGCUCCCCCCACCUACCCCAACCAGCAGCACGUCUACUAA